UGUGGGACGUACGCUGACCGCCUCGCACGAGGUUCACAAAGAAGAGUGAGAGGGAAGGAGGGAGAGAGAGAGAGGGAGGACUCACGAGAUCGGGGAGAAGAGGAGAGAACGCAAAGAAAAGCUCUCUCUCGCUCUUCUCUCUCUCUAUCUCGACUGCCUCGCCGGCUUUCCACGGCCACGAAUCGAUACCACGCGACCGUCGCCGCGUCGGUCGUUCCUCUCUCUCGACCUCUUCUCGACGCUCGCUACACUCGUGCACGACCACUCGCCGCGUCGAUUUUUCCUCUCAAACGCGCUUACCUCGUGUGGCCCUUCCCCGCUCGUCGUCCUCCUCGGUGUCGUCGUUCUCCAUCCUCGGCUCCACCACGGGAUUCUUCGUUCUCGAUAUUAUACACUCGCGCGAAAUUACGGUGGAUGUGUACGAUCGUGUUGCACCAUUUUGACAACGGCUGUCGCGUGACGUUGCCGCGUGCGCGUCAAUCGAUAUAUAAUCGAUGCGGACGGUGAACCAAUCGGAACGGCGCGAGAUCGAGAAUCGAAGCAGCGCUCUUGUGGCAGAGUCAGGAAACCCGCCAAAAUAGCGGGCAACGGUCUGUCAGCGUUCGAACGUACGGUCUCCACGGUCGAGGAUACGAGAAUAGACGUUAAAAAGUGAUCCCGUGUUUCACAGUGCGAGGCAAACGAGGAAAAGUCAAAAGGCAACGAGAGGCGAAAGGAACGUUGUUGAUCGGGCCCGCGUUCGUAGUGUUUUGUUUAUUCGUCGAAGAGAAUCGGUCACUGGAUUACCUCGUAGUGCGUAUAGUAUCUCUGUGUGUCACGUGACGAUCAACGUUUGUUUAUUUUGGUGCUUUUUAUCGCUAUUUAUCCUGUUUGGCUACCUCUGCCGGCCUUUCCCACGAAAUACUGGAAUCACCGACAACAACCUUCUCUGGUCGCGGAUGUUCGUCGGCCUCGCCUCUGUCGAUCCUCGAAAAUGUAGUUACGAUUUACGGCGCAAGAGGGACGGACAGAGCGCUCGCGAGAGGAAGAGAGAGGAAAAGGCACAGCGGGAAGGACAGGGACAGUGUAAAUCGGUGGCGUCGUGAGACAGGGAGGCUGUGAUGAGGGAAGCCGGUUAAAGGACCCUGUGUCGCGCAGGCGCCCGGGAGGGGGAGCACAGGAAAGAUGCUGCCUUCCUCGAGAGCUUUAUUAAGCCCGCUGCUGCUUCUAAUCAUCGCUGGAAGCACCGGUGCCUUCAGCUCCCGACAAGGAGAAUGCACGUUUCCGCCAAAGUGGGAGGGCACCUGGUUUCAAAGUGGAGUCAGACAACCGAUCGUGAUCUCCAGGAAUGAAUUGUCAAGCAAGGGCAGGUGCCUGCACAACGAGGGCGACAAAUUCCUUCUGGUCGACCAAAAAUCCUGCUACCGUUGCGUCGUCAUUCACGAGAAGCACUCGAACGUCCUCCAGUACAAAGAAAGUAAGUACAAUCCCGAAAGAACGUUGGAAGAUGCCUUUCUCCUUCUCUCUCACUCUUUCGCUUCUUCCUUCCUUCCUUGUCUCUUGAAAACCGGUUCCAAAUACACUGUGCCGCCCAUUGUUCGACCACAAAACACCGACCCGGCUAUGAUUAUUCGGGGGACAAACGAAUUUGAAGCGACCUAUAUGGAGGACGAAGAGAAAGGAACAGCGUUGGCAGGUGGAGUUUGGCACUCGGGCCAAAUCCAGAAGGGGAAAGGAGAGGAGUGGAUCUGUCGUAUAGGAUGUUCGUAUUAUCCCAGCAAUGGUCCUUUGUACAGUGUCUAUAAGACAAAAAAGAUGGAUGUUGUUAAUUCUGCUGCCUUUUUGGUUGAGGCUUAUUUGCACUGGCAAACAUUGUCUACAAUGUCUCAUCCGCAUCGUCUUGAAGACAGAAUCGGAGGCAGAGAUAGAGAAGCCUCCAUUGGCCCAUAUACUUUCAAGCCUGCCGGACAAACUCGUGCUAACUGUCAUCGACUUUUGUUUAAAAAUAGUUUGUUUAUGCCCGUUUCAGUCGAGGAGUUGGAAUGUCUGGCCACCUGGAAGGAGGGUAGCAGCCGCUACCUCGUCGGCCGUUUGCAUCACGGACACGCGUCCAGUAACGAAGAUCGAUACCGAUGCUUCGUCUACGAGAAGGCCGGGCAGACAGUGCAGAGCAAUCUGCACAGAGCUGCCAUGGGCAUAGGAGCCAUGGAUCACGAUGUCGGUUUGCAGAGUGGACCGGUGCCCGAGGGCGCGGCCGAGAUAUACCGGGUGGCGCAGAGCGGAGACGCUACUUGCAACGGAUUGUUCAGCCCGAUGGAGGGGUCUCGGACCAUGACGCUCAUGAAAGUGUCGCCACCUGGCCAGUGCCGAUUCCCCAAUUGGUUGACCGGCCAUUCCAGCGGUGGACUGACGUGGCACACCCUCGACCUCACCAGAUCUUACACGUUCCAUCCUCGGAACGCUUCCCUGCACGUGACCAGUUUGAACACCAGUUCCUCGAGAUUCGAAAGCGGUUCCCUGGAUGGCCAGUACGUUCCUGGACAAGAGGAUCAAGACGUGAAGAUCCUGUGCAACAGCAUCAAGCAAUCUAGCGUUGCUCAAACGAUGAUGAUGACCACGUUGGUCGCGCAUUUCACGGUUGGCUGCCGGAGCGGUUUCAUGUGCAUGACGUUCUAUCGGAGGGACGGCCACGUGAUAGAGGUGCAGACCGGAAGCGACGUCUCGAGGCCGGAAGAGGCUUGCAGCCCGCCCCAUUUUCAACAGCACAUACCCUUUCUCACCUUAGUCACAAGCUCCCCGGAGCCGCGUACGUGCCCAUACUUGGGCAAAUUUACGGUGACUGGAGUGAACCGGAACCAGCGGAACAUUCGCGAGAGCCGGAGGAGCCAGCACCAGGAGGGGGGGGCUGUCGUGAGGCGUGACAGGGAGAAGGUUCGACACGCCCAGGAGCGUACCCAGGAAGAUCGACGGGGCCGGAAGCUCGACUUCGACGUGGAGAAGCGGAGGGUGGCCAACAACGAGUACCUCGUCCACGAGCGUAUGGGCAGGCGUGCCAGGUCGAACAAUCGCAACAAUCGAAACCAUAGGGAGCACAGCCUGGAGGAGGCGUCCUCGAAGAGGAGCCUGGACAUCGAGGAUUUGUUGCGUGAUCGCUCGAGAUCGAAGACGAGAAGCAAGUCCGAGGAGCAGGGCUCGAGGUCCAAGGUCAGAAGGGUGCGCGAAAUCGCAGAGAGGAGGUCGAGGAGGAAGAUGGAGGAGUUCGGGAUGGACCCUGAUCCCGCGCGAAUCAGGCAAUUCUGGACGACGACCGAUUUCGAGGACAGCGACGGGUCGAGCAUGCUCGAGGUGCAGGAGGAUUAUUUCGGCGAUUACCCGGACACCGCCGACCUGCCCAAGAAGAGGUCGGGCAGGGACCAGGCGUCGAAUAUUUUGACGAGGAGGAGGAGAAGGAGGAGGAGGAGGAGGAGGAGGAGAAACGCGGAGGAGUUGGAUUCCGGGUCGUUCGAAAAAAGGGAGAAGAGGGAGGAGGAUGUGUCGAGAUGCAGCUCGGAGGUUACCACCAUCACCAUUGGGUGCUCCACCGCGGAUAGAAUGGAAUUCCAGACGGAUUGCGUCGACGACAAUGCUAUUGCUUACUCCUGCCACGGUAGGUGGUACGACGCCGAGGGAACCCAAUUCGUGAUCGCUACCCAACUGGCACCUGGAACUGGCUGGUCGAACGAGAACAACAGGCCCCAACCGUACAGGAACAGCCGUAGACUGUGCUUCAUGUACAAAGAGAGCGGCGGUGUUGUCAGUUUGACUGCCAGCGAGGUGGCCUGCCAGAGGGGAAUACCCCCACCCCCGCCAAUGUUGGCCUUCAAUGCUACCAGUACCGGUCAGUGUAUGGAAGAGAACCGGGGCUUCGUACCUACUCGAUCGACGUACCUGAUGAUCGUCACCCUGACGGCGAUCGUCGCGAUAUACAGGUGAUUCUAAUCGAACGGACGACGAUCUCGUGACGGUUAACAAAUUCGACAGUUUCUAAUCUGCGUUAAUCUUGGACACCGUGUGGGUGACAAAACACAAAAGGUGGUACACGUGUAUAAAAAAAAAAAAUCUAUACAUACAUAUAUAUAUAUAUAUAUUAUACAUACAUGAUCGCCUUCGACGCGAAUCACUGAACGAGAUCGGUCGAGCGUCCGGGCCACAAGCGAUUAAAAGAGAGAGAGAGAGAAGAAAAAAAAGGAAAAAAACAUACUAAAGAAGAACGG